AAAAGAAGACCGUGGAUAAGUCAAAUCUUGCCGUUCGUUGGCGUGUGACGUCGCCGUGGACAAGUUCAUUGUAAUUUCCUUCUCAUGCAGAAGGCAUAAAGAAUCUUAAAAGUAAAACUAGAAAAACUUUUGCACAAAUAUCUGCUUAUUCCAGGAAGAAAAAUGUCAGGUCAUCAAUAUGUUCCGAGCCCGACCAAUUUGUUUGCAGACGAUGACGAUGUCGAUGAUCAACUAUUUCUUCGGAAUGCAAGACGGGCAGGCAGUAGUAGUGCAAGUCCCUCUGCAGACCAAGGAUACAACUUUGAUCAGUAUCAGAAAAAUUUCUUAUCCCAGAAUUACGAAUCGGUCGAAGAAGAAAAAUAUUGCUCAUCAAGCGGUGUAAACGUGAGAGAAGAUCACUUAAGAACAAAUUUUACACGACCGGAUGUGCUCGGACCGGAACCAUUCGAUCAAUCUGGAGGACAGUUCAAUAAUUAUGGUGGACAAAUUACUGGAGGAUAUGCAUCUGAUACUUAUGGAACAACGUCUGUAGCUACUUCUCCUUAUAACACCAGUUCUCAACAUUAUCGCCAAGCUCCUGGUUCUGCAGUAUAUAGCGAAGUGGAUUCCGAUGUUGAUGAAAUAAUUAAGCAACGUCAAACGUUUGAAACUAGAAGAAGAGAACUUGAAGAGAGUACUUUGCUUACAUCCCAACGAUGCCUUGGAGUGCUACGAGAAACUGAGCAGGUAGGAAUCGCUACGGCCGAAGAAUUGCAUCGCCAACGGGACCAGUUGGACAAAACAAAAAAGCAACUGGACGAGAUAAAUAAUUCGCUACGUUUCAGUCAAAAACAUCUUAACAGUCUCAAAAGUGUUUUCGGAGGACUAAAAAACUAUCUGUCUGGAAGAAUGGGACAAGAUCAACAAAACGGUCAAGCCGGAGUAUCUCAAACCAACAUAUCACCCUCACCUUCAGAAGAAGUUUAUCCAAAUCCGCAAGAUUUCCGAAUUCCUGAUAAUUAUUGGCCAGAUGCAACCACUCGUAGACCUAAUUAUAGUUCGUCGCAGGAAAUUAUACAUACUAAUGGAUCCACUAUGUCCGCAGGAGGCUUUAGCCAACAACUGGAUCAAAAUUUGGAUGACAUGCGUGGUAAUUUAUCACGUCUUAAAAAUCUUGCUUUGGAUUUGAAUCAAGAGAUUGAUAGUCAAAAUGAUCUAAUCGAUGAUAUUUCUAAUCGCGUUGAAGAUGUUGACGUUAAAAUCGGUAAACAAAACAAAGACAUAAAUCGGUUACUACGAAAGUAAAUUCAAAAUAUAUGUUUAUUAGAUAUAAUUCGAAUACAUCUUAUUACGUCACGUAAACCAUUGGUAUUGUAAAUCUAAUAUAGCCUCGUAUCUAUGCUGAAAAGAUUCGAUAAUUAUGUUCGGAAUUUAAAGAAAUUGUGGACUAGUAUAGGUAUUUUACCUAAAAGAGCUAUGUAUGUUCAGAUCUUCAUUGUAAAGCCUAAAAUUAAUUUUAAAUGCGUUUUAAAGAUUCCACGAUUUACAGCUCAGCAGUACAUAUAGGACACAAUCAGUGAAAUAAUGAGCCUAAUUUUUGUAUAGUGAGAAGGCCAAUAGAAUGUGUGGUAUUUCAAUUACCAAAAUAAAGUAACACGUUCUGUACAUUUUA